CCAUUCGAUUGAAAUUUAAGGUAUAUCAUAUAUCGUAAACUAUGAAGCCAUGCUCCGGCGACGCUCGCCUAUGUGGUGUUGAUGCUCCAACGAAUCCUUUCUCGCUAUUGUAAUGCUAGAUAUAUUUUAUCUUAAUUACUUUUCCGAGCUCUGGUUCAGUCCUCUGCAGUCAGUUAAGUCAGUAGUGUGAAAACGUUCGCAAGCGCAAGUAGACUCGCACUGCCCGAUAAAAACAGUACGUGGAUCCACGUUAUUGCUACGUGAAUUCGACGUGGAUUCGACGAAAUUACGUGAUUCGACGUGACGUUCCUGUUUUACUGGGGUGUGUAAGAAUACGAAAUGGACCGAGAAGAAGAGGAACGAGAUGAAAUGGAACGGAGAUAUCACAUAAUCGAACAAUGCAUAGAUAUUGUGUACCCCGCAGUAGGAUGGAUAUGGGUCGACAACGUGCCGGUGCGCGAGGUCCGCCUUUAUAAUAUGGUGAGGGUUCGGAUCCCUCACAGACAGCGUUUUAUAUAUUUUGAUGAAAUCCGAAUUCGGGGAUUCAUCAAUAUUCAUCGUCAGCGUUUGGUACGCUGGUUUAGAAGAGUGGAUUCAGAAUACAACGAGGAAAUCUGGGACGUUUUAGGAGAUGAAGAUAUCUUCCAAUUACGAAGAUUAUUCGAUAUGCAAAAUGAGUUUGACGUUGAAGAGGAAGAGGUGUGGUAAUUUUUAAAAAAU